UUCCGCCAAAACCAAAAAUGAAUUUUCUCACCAAACCUGAAAACACACUUUUUCGUCAAAACUCGCAAAAAUGCUCUUUUCCGCAAAAAGCAUAAAACACACAUUUUUAUAAAAAUGCAUUUUUCGGCCAAACUAGUAAAAUCGCUUUUCGGCCAAACUAGUAAAAUCGCACUUUUCGUCAAAAUGGUAAAAAUACAAUUUCCUGCCAAAAGCGUAAAACUGCAAAAAAACUGAAAACACACUUUUCCGCCAAAACCGUAAAACACACUUGGUUGCCAAAAUCGCAAAAACACAUUUUCCCGCCAAAACCAGAAAAACGCAUUUUUCCGCCAAAACCAGAAAAACGCAUUUUCCCGCUAAAAAACGCAAAAUCGCAUUUUCCCGCUAAAAACGCAAAACCGCAUGUUCCCGCCAAAACCAGAAAAAAUGCAUUUCCCGCCAAAACCACAAAACACAUUUUUCCGUAAAAACCGCAAAAAAUAUUUUCCGCCAAAAACGUAAAAAUGCAUUUUUCUCACCCAAAACUGCAUUUUCCCACCAAAACGUGAAAGACAUUUUCCAGUCAAACCCGCAAAAUGCACGUUUUCGUCAAAACACAUUUUCCGCCAAACCGCCAAUAAGUUUUUUCCGCUAAAACUGCAAAAACGCAAUUUUCCCGCCAAAACCGUAAAAAUGUAUUUUGCCGCCAAAACCACAAAAUGCAUUUUUCGUCAAAACAUAUUUUUCAGCAAAAACUGCAAAAAAUAUUUUUUGGCAAAACCGUAAACAUGCUAUUUUCCCGUCAAAAAUUUAAAAAAUAUAUUCUAGUCAUUUUAUUGACAAGUUCACCUGGAUGGAGAUGCAAGUUAAAAAAAAAAACAAAAAGUAAACAAACAACACCUAGAUGAAGCAUCUGAAUAAGAUAUCUAAAUCGAUCAUCUGGAUGUAUCUUCCAAAUGUACAAAAGAACGAGGUCCUAAUCAUAUAUACUGUAUUAAAAUAUUAAUUGUGCAAAUUUAUUCGGGUAGAACAUGCAUUCACUUUUCAUUUUUUGGGGUUCUGUAAUUUUAAUUUUCUAAGAAUAUGUCAAUACUAUAACCAAAUUUUUAGUUUCUGUUUGGUUUCGGUUAAGACUAUAUCCAAGAAAUGACUAAAACAGUUUUUUUUUUGAAAAUUUUAAUAUUUUUUUUAUUAAAUUUGAAACCGCACCAGUAACUUUAGAUUCUAAGUUUAAAUUAGUUAAUCCUAAAGCAUGUAUAUUUACCAUUUAAUAUAAAAAAAAAAUUGGUCAUUUACUUUUUAAGUGCUAUUUUUAUGAAAAUAAAUUAAAAAGUCAUGCGGCAAUUUCUUUUCUAACAAAUGUUUCACUUAUUCUAAUGGUUAUUGGGUAGAAAAUGUUUAAACCCGUAUAACGGUUCAAAACGUAAAGUGUAAAAGUGAAAUUUGAUCUUCUUUCUUCUGUCUGAAAAAAAAUAUCGUACGGUUUAAUUAAAUUCGGUGUCCUUUUAAGCGAUUUUCUAAUCCAGCACUUGCCUCUUAAUUGAAAAGGACAGUUAAAGAACAACAGCUACUUUAUCUGGCAAAUCAUAAAACUGGUCCGGGUUUUGUAGGAACUGGUCCCAAAAUCAUAAAGGGGCAGCUCGGUGACGGUGAAGAUGGAGACGCAGUAACAACUGUGAUUCCCACCAACAUGGAGAUGCCCUUUAUAAGUUUUCAACAAGCUUCAGAUCUGUUUCAGCUUCUCCCUCUUCUUCAUCCUUUGAUCGUUUAACUGAUUCUAAGCUCCCAAAAACACCAACCAUUGUUUCAUCCUAAAGAGAGAAGAAGAUGCCUAGGCCUUGUCCAAGACCUUACGAGUGUGUGAAACGAGCUUGGCAUAUCGAUCGUCACCAACCCAUUCGAGGUUCCAUCAUCCGCCAGAUCUUCAGACUCGCCAUGGAAGCACACAGUGCGGCUACGAAGAAGAACAAAGAGUGGCAGGAAAAGUUGCCUGUUGUUGUCUUGAAAGCCGAAGAAAUCAUGUACUCUAAAGCCAACUCUGAGAGUAUGCUGAUACUAUAUGGAAUAGAGUCAAUGAUGCCAUUGACACCAUUAUUAGAAGAGACGAAAGCACUGAAACUGGCCCUCUUUUGCCUCCUUGUGUUGAAGGUAACCUUUGCUGCUUUCUUCUUUUUGCCUCUUUUAACUGUUUCAAAAAGUCUGCAUUGUGUGUUUAUUUUGGUGCUUUUUUGGGUGUGGUCAGCUGCUCUUAACCUUGGGUGCAUUGCUGUAAAAGCUUCUAGAAGCCAACGACAUAGUAACGUAAGGACUUAUCUCUGUCUCAAAUUCCAACAACCUGUUUCUGCAUCCGCUAAUGAGCCUCAAUAUCACCAUCAUCAAGCUCAAAAGUCAAACAAGCCAAGCCAUACCGCUCAACCUGCAAUCCCAGUGGAUGUUCAUGAUGACAGAAACAACCGAGGAGCAGCGUUUCUACAUGAAUCCAUGCAAAUGCAUCAAAAGCCAUUGGCUAGAAAAUUAGGGACUAUCACCGAUACUCCAGCUCCCUCACCAGCGCCAAUCAACUUGGGUUCGGUGUAUCCUUUGUAUUACGGAGGUAAUAAUCAGACUCAACAAGUGGACAUGUCUUCAAGAGUCCCUAUAAUCAUUGGGAUGCCUAUUAGUAUAAAGGCUCCGGAAGAAAGAACAGAGAGGUUCUGUGAUUUGUCUUUGAAGCUUAGUGUAUCUUCAGAUCCACCCUCCACAAGAGUAGAUGUCGGGGCUAGUCGGUCUUACCGAGGAAGAAACCAAGAAGAGUUGUGUUUAUUCCCUGAGGUGAAGAAGAAACAUGAUUCGUUUUCAAAUUACCAAGGACAGCAUUCAGAUUCGAGAGUUAAAAAGCACAAAACAUUUUGUGGAGACUUCCUCUAGGGAUUUUGCUCAAAUAUUAUCGACUCUCUAGAUCGAUAUAUAGGCAAUACGGAUAAUAAAAUUUUUUCACCAGUUUGGCUUUUGUUAGUACAAAUCUCUUUCAACACAUCACAAAUUCAAAGUAUUCUUCAGAGUGAUACAUUUGGGGCCAGACCAAGAAAGGUUUUACAAUGGAUUAUACAACUCCAACCACUUCCAUUAAGAGUAAACAAUGUAGAUACCCAAUACAAAGAGAACAAAGUAAAAACCAUAAUUCUAGAAGUAAGUUUUUUUGAACGGGAUCAUUUGGUUUUAUCAUGUGUAAAUUACAAGCUUUGGCAAGAAGUUACUAAGCAAACACAAUUUGCAUCCAAAAAAAUGUAUAUAAAGAAAACAUAUUUAAUCUUUUGUUACGGAGUAAGAGACUCUUACGAAAACAUCAAUAAAUUUACUUCAAAUAUUUAAUCGUAACUAGUAAAAGGAAUUAGGUUGAUGAAAAGAAUAAUUAUCCAUGGAUUUAAUAGAAAGAAUUAGCAUUCCACUUAUUCCAAAACCAAUUUUGCGUGAAAUGUUUUUUUUCCGUUAAUUUGGUUGAUAACCAAAAGGGAAACAACAAUAAAAGAAAUAACUAUAUGACUUUAGUCAAUGUAACAAGUAACCAUCCCUUUCUUAUUAAUAGAGAAUCAUUUUUUAAGACUAACCUUUAUUUUGUACUUUAUUUACAAGACUGCCAUUUUGAUGAUGUGUCAUGCUUACAGUUAUUUUCAGCCAAGUUAUUUGAAUGCUCUUUCAUUACUAGAAAAUUUACAUCAAAUGCCAUUGGCUUAAAUAUUUCGUCCGACGUGAUUUAAAUAAUAUCCAUAUUGUCCUACAAUCACUUUUACACACCGACAAUUUGUUGGAACGUACCAACUCGGUUCUCUAUUUAUUUCACCACUUUCAAGCUAACCAACUCGGUUCUCACUUUAUUUGAUCCCACCGAUACCAUUUUCAACUAUAAAGAUUGUUCUGUGUUAAUUUAUUGGAACAUACCAACUCGGUUCUCUAUUUACUUCACAGACCAACACCAUUGUCAGCUAAUGUUGAUUCCUUGCAUCCCAAACUACCUUUGUCUACAAAAAGACAAAUUUGUUUUAUUGUUCUAUCAAAUGGGUAUCAUGUGCCAGAGCUCCAACAUUCAAUCUUCGACUAUUUCAGCCAUUUAUAUUUGGAGUAGAAGCUAAAACAAUUGAUGCAUUACUAUGGUGAUAAAAUGGUUAUUCCAGGCAUUAUAGAUUUCCAGCCAGCACCGAAGGUGUAACUAAAUAUAUCACCAUCUGUUUCAGCCUUUCGUUUGAUCAAUAACAUCUCUAAUACAACAAUUGGUUUAAUCCGUCGGAACAAAAACAAAUUACCUUGCGGUUUACUUAUAUCAAUUUGACCCGAUGUUUUUAAUUUGGUUUUCAAUUUUUAAGAGUUGUCUACAUUAGUUGUCCUUGAACUUUUAUGUGAUAAUAAUAAUGGGUACAUACAUGACUUAUGGGAUAUGGUAUACAGGUGAUUCGUAUAUGGCUGACAAAAAAGGAAACAUGUAUAAAUGUAAAAAAAAUUGGGUACAUGCGUGAUCUAUGGGAUGUGUAAUUAAUUUGCUCUUAAUUUGGAAUAUUCCAAAAUCUCAAUAAAAGGAAUGCAAAAUGAAUAAUAAUGAUCACACAUUAUAGGGGAUUUGUUAGUUUCACACUAAAAGGAACGUUAAUAAUAAGGACAAAACUUGGUUCCCAAGCUCGAUUUUAUUCAUGAGCUAAUGUGGGAUGUAUCUUAAGAUUUAAUUGCAUCCUCAUUAUAUAUUUUUGACUAAAUGAAAGUUUCCUAUAAUGUAAGAGUGAAUUAUGAAUCAUUUAUUCUGAAAUUUUCUCAUUUUUAUAUUCAGAGAUCCUCCGUAUCUUUUACUUGGCGAUAACACAUAGCUUUUGCAUCAAGGCUUAGGAGUACUAUAUAAACUAGGGUUUGUUCUCAAACGAAACAAUCAUUCUUCGAACUAUCUACUCAGCUUCAGAUUUAAAGCAAAAAAAAUGUCGUCUCCAUAUUAAUUUAAAAAUCGGGUUUGUCAAUUGUUUGUUGUCUUGAUAUGGCCCAUAAGUAUCUUAUUUACUAAUUUUAAGUUAACCCAAUCUGUAUUUUUUAUAGGGGAUUUCCAUUUUAUUAAAUAAAAAAUUAAUGUUAGCAUUCCAAAUUCUUACACUAAAUUUUGAUUAUAUUCAAAUCUUAAUCAUCUAUAAGUUAAUAAAAGAAAAUAGAAAAUACUUUUAUUAGUAUGACUUUAAAAUAUCCAAAUAAAUUGGCCUCAUAAGAAAUUCUAAUUUUUGAUAAACAAUUCUCCAUCCAAUGUAUAGAUGAUUACAUAAACAACCCAAAGUUAUAUAUAAAUGUUAACUUUGUCAAAACCAUAUGUUUUAUAUUUUAAUUUUAUAAACUCAUCCUGUGCAAGGCGCAGGUCUUAUCCUAGUAUAUUUGUAUUGUCAAAAUAGUACCGAAAGACCAUAAAAAAUAUAAUACACAAAAAAAAAUACUCAAACAAACACUAACAUUUUUUGUCUAAAAUUAAAUAAAUUUUAUUAGCUUCAUGAAUGUUGGUAAAAAAAUCCUGAAUAAUGAAAGUUAAUUAUCUAUUUUUAAGAGAUACGUGAUUCUUUAUAAAUUUCAAAUAGUAAGACAUGGGAGCAAUAGAAUAAAUUUUAUAAACAAAAGUAAGAAAUUAUGAAAUAGAUAUAUAUUAUAAAUCAAAUGAAAAUAGAGGGGAGAAAUAAAAUAAAAACAAAGAAAAAUAAAAACUGAAAAAUAAGUGGAUCAAAGGUUUAUAUAAACAUGUGUUAUUCUAUACUUAUAAUAUAGAGUAGAAUGAAAUACUUUGUCGGCAACAAUUAUAUAUUUUGAAUGAAGUUUUAUCCGUUUAAAAAAUUUUAAAAUACAGCAUUUGUAAUAAAUAUGUAUGUUUUCAGAUAUUAUUUUUUGGCUGAAUUAUAUUUGUAGAAACAAUAUAUGAAUCAAUGGUUGUGAUUAGUUAAGGAUAUAUAUAUAUAUAUAUAUAUAUAGUAAUAUAUGUAUCAUAUUCUAGCCAUGCUUUUGAUAUGGUUAUAUGGUGAAUUAUAGUUUUUCUUAUGGUUAUGCAAUGUAUUUUUCCCAUGAUUUUUUCAAUAAAUGUUAUUUUUGAAACGAAAUGGAAUAUUUUUUCUAUUUUUUAUUUUAAUGGAUGAAUAAGAAAUUAAGCGUUUAGGAUAUUUUAUUCCUUAAGUGAAUUCCAACAGCAUUCUUCUUUUGUGAUACAUUUUUCAUUAUAUGACGUAUAAAUGUAUGUGUGUAUUAUUUUUUGUUGAAAAUUUAUCUAUUGAUUUUUUAAAUCAUAAUUUAAUAUCAAUAAAAAUAUUUUCUAAAAAUAAAAACCAAAGAUAAUAUUUGUUUUUCAAUAAUCUCCAAUGAAAAUAUAUUUAUCAAUUGUUUAGAUGUGAAUACUACAUAUCUUAUACAUAUAAUAAUAUAGUGUAUCAUAUGAACAAAUAUCCCAUAAUAGUAUUGAAUUCCUUUCAUGGAAAACAUGGUAUUAGCUAGGUCUCACAUGAAUUCAAUUUUGUCCUACUAGGCAAACAGUUAUGGUCUUGGUACAAUACUCAGAUUUUUAAGUAGCUAGAGUUCUAAAGAAAAAAAUACUUCAGAUGUAGUACGCCUUUGCGGCUAAACAAGGCAGAUAGAUCUUUAUAUGGAUGGACAAGUAAAAUGGCAGAGAAACCUUUAAUGUUGUUGGGUAUUAGACAAAAGAUAUACUUUGGAAAUGAGAUUAGUGCGUGGGAAGACCAUUAGAUACCAACGAUCCCAGCAAGACCAACUCGACCCCUAGCACCAGUGGUUCAUCCAAUGAUGUCAGUUCGUGAUCUGAUGACAGGCGAUCCAAAAACAUGAACUUAGAGGUGCUUGAAAACUAUGUGGAUCUGGAAGAUAUUCUUCUGAUUCAAUCUUUGGCCAUAAGUUAAGGAUAUCAGAGGGACAAGUACUGUUGGAGUUAUACCAAGAAUUGGAUGUACACUGUUAAAUCAUGAUAUUGGGUAGCCAAGAACAUUCUUAACAAAGAGAUGGUGGAAACCUGGGAAGAACCGAGUAUUAUAAAACUCCAAGCCUUUGCUUGGAAGAUAAAAGCUCCACCAAAACUAAGAUAGUUUAUCUGGCAAACAAUCUCUGGACAACUAGCAGUAACAAGCAAUCUAACACAUCGUCAUAUGCGAUGUGAUAAGCAUUGUCCUAGAUGUGGAGCAGAUGAUGAGACUAUAAACCAUGCCAUCUUCGAGUGUCCCUCAGCGCUACAAACAUGGGCACAUGCAGCAACCCCAACUACGCCAUCAAUGUUCCCCAGCGCGAGCCACUAAAUGAAUAUAAACUAUCUUUUUUGGAAGAAGAAUGAUAUAGAAGAUCCUGAGCUGGAUAAAGACCCCUAUCCUUGAAUUAUGUGGUUUAUUUGGAGAGCGAGAAAUGAUAAACUAUUCAUAGGAAUAGACAGGGAGCUUUUGAAAACUGUCUGACAUGGUGAGUCAGAAUGCCAUGUUUGGUUCCAAGCAAACAGCAAACAAGAGGAACAUGUAGUUGCACAAAACCUUGAGCAGUUAAAAAAUUCUGAGAGAUGCAUGAUAGAUGGAUCAUGGACACAUGAUGCACACUACAGUGGUUAUGGAACAUGGAAGACCUCAGGAGGAACAACUCAGCUAUUGGAAGCACGGAACCAGCGACGAAGAAUCUCACCACUUCACUCGGAGCUCGAGGCCCUCUCGUGGGCGAUGGAGUGCAUGCUUCAGCUAUCGAUGUGUCAAGCUUUUGGCAUGGAUUGUAAGGAUCUAAUCUCAAUGAUUCAAGACCCAUGAGCAUGACCCAACUUCUCAACUGAAUUUGACGAGUUGCAGAAGCUAAAGAGCAGAUUCCCAUAAUUCUCUAUUGUUUUUAUUCCUCAAUCUGAAAAUGUAUCGUCUAUUUCAUUAGCUAAGAUGGAGAGAUCCUUUCAUAGGGACAUGUAUUACAUUGGUUGUUCUAUUCCGGUUUGGUUUCCCAGACCACCUCAAGCUUGAGUAAUAGAUCAACCGUUUGAUGUAAAAAACAAACUAGGUCUUAUAUGAUGUCAAAAAGUUUCAUACAACAUUAUUUAGUUCAUACAUAGUAUAUCCUUUUAUAAUCAUAUAAAUAAACAAAAUAUGUGUAUUAAACUAAAAAAUCAGAUUUUUUCAAAAAUUAAUAUCCAAAACUUUCACAUGUUUUUUUCGCAUCAUGAUAUAGUAUCCAAAUCCCUAAAAGUGAAAUAUUUCAUAUUGUAGGCAAUUUCUGGUUGUGUGAAAGCAACAAAACAUCUCACAAAUAUGUAAUUCACCACUGGUAAGAGCUGUCUUAGAAUGGUCCACUUAAAUCAAUAAACUAUUUUCUCUUUAAAUGUCAUCAUGCUUUUUAAGUUUGGAUCAUAUUGAACGAUACUAAACAAAAUUAAAAAUUAAUUUUGAGAAAUUAGCGAUGAAGUUUAACGAGAUAACUUACUCAUGUUUUUAAUAUAACUAGUUUUUCUACUUUUAAAAUUUAAUUACAUAAUUAAAUUAUGGAACAUAGUUCAGAUGAAACCAACUAAACAAAUUUCUUUAGGAAAAUCGUCAAAAAUACCACAUUCAUAAUACAAUUUUUCAAGUUUACACUAACCACUUUUAUCUUCACUUUUAAUGAAAGGUAAAAAACAUUUAUAAUUCUAGGAUUAACUUUGACAAAAAAACAUAGCGUUAACUAAUCUUAACUUAAAACCUCAACUAUAAACCCUAAACCGUCAACUCUAAACCCUAAACCUUGAAACAUCAAUCCUAAACCCUAAAACAUUAACUUUAAACCUUAAACCAUCAACUUCAAACCCCAAACCAUAAAACAUCAACCCUAAACCCUAAAACAUCAACUCUAAACCCUAAACCUUAAACAUUUAACCCUAAACCAUAAAACAUCAACUCUAAACCCCAAACCUUCAACUCUAAACCCUAAACCCUCAACUUUAAACCCUAAAUCCUAUAUUUUUCGAAGUUCAAACCUUAAACCUAAAACCAUAGAGUUCAGGGUUUUAGGGUUUAGAGUUGAGAGGUGGGAUAGGAUUUAGGGUUUAGAGUUGAUGUUCUAGGGUUUAGGGUUUUAGACUUGAUGGUUUAGGAUUUAGGGUUUAGAGAUGAGGUUUAAAGGUUUAGGGUUUGAAUUUAGAAAAAAAUAGGGUUUAGGUUUAGUGUUUAGGGUUUAGAGUUAAUGGUUUAGGGUUUAGAGUUGAGUUUAAGGGUUAAGGGUUAAGGGUUAGAGUUGAUGGUUUAAGGUUUAGAGUUAAUGGUUUAGGGUUUAGAGUUGAGUUUAAGGGUUUAGAGUUGAUGGUUUAGGGUUUAGGGUUUAGAGAUGAGGUUUUACUAUGUCGACAUAUUUCACCUCUCAUUUUAUCUCUUUCUUUAAAAUUCUUAAAUUUUCUAUGUCUCUUAAUCUCUCAUCUCUUCCUCUCUUCAAAUUUAUCAAGUUCUCUUCUUUGCUAUUGCCGUCACACCGUUGCACCAUCUCACCGUCACAUCGUCACGCCAUCACACCAUUACAUCUGUUCAAGCUCGCUGUCACAGAAUUACCUCUCCUCUGCUCAAGCUCACCGUCACGCCGUCACCUCACGCUUGCAACAGCUCGUCUUCAUUUCAAUCUGGUGAGGAAUGAUAUAGGAUGCUAUAUAGGAGGAAGAAAAAAGAGAGGAGAGAGAAGAAAUAAAAAGAUGAGAGAGGAUGAAGAGGAAGAAGAGAAGAACAGAGGCUUCCGGAGAUGGCGACAGACGAAUGGCCUGUCUGUUUACUAUAUGAAAAAUCAUAUGUGGACGGAUAACUAUAGUUGGUCUUUCUGUUUGAUAUAUGAUUAUAGCCGGAUAACUAUAUUGCGCUAAAUGUAUUUUUUUUCUUUUGAAUGAAGCAAUAAACACUACAUUAAUUACUCGAAAGAUCUUUUGUUUUGGGUU